AGGUACAAAUAACAAUUCCAAUUUUCCAUUUUUCUUUUAACCUUUUUCUCUCUCUACAUUAAUCACAUAUACAGUACUUAUAAAACUACUACACACCACCACUACUCACUUUAACCUCUCCUCUAUAUCCACCGUUCAGUACUCACUCUCUUCAGUCAUCUUGUACUCACUUUCUCUCUCUCCUCUUCUACCUUUUUUUUUCUCUCUCUAAAAAAGAAAAAAAAAACCCAGAAGAUAUAGCUUGAUUAAUAAAGCUUUCUUAGCCUUUUAACCAUGGCUGACUACCCUUACUCAAAUUUCUUCAAAAACAACAACAACAACAACAAUAAUAAUCUCUACAAAUUAAACCCUUUUCUCACACACCACAACAAUAUUCCACCAAAUUAUCAUUACCCUUUUCACAAUCACAAUUACCAUCAACAAGAAACUCAGAAUUUCUAUUUUCUAGGAAGCCAAACAGUAUCUACAAGUAGUACAAGUGCCCCAUCUUCUCCACCCAUAAGAGAAGCUCUUCCACUCCUAAGUUUAACCCCAACAAACUACGAAGAUUAUCAAAACGACGUCGUUGUAGAUGAUGAUAAUAAUAAUAUCAUUAUUGAUCAAGAUGAUAAUAAUAUUGAUGAAGAAGAUGAUGAAAAUGAUCAUGAUAUGGAUCAUAUGAUGAUCAAGACUAGUAAUACUACUUCUACUUCUAAUAAUUCUACAGUUACUGUUGCACUUCAUAUAGGGUUACCUAACCCUAGCGCCGCUGAAAUGGAAGCUCUUCUCUCAGGUUCUGCACCCUCAUCUUCAUCUCAACUAAUAACCAACAACAAUAACAACAAUCUUAAUCACAAUCAUAAUCAUAAUCAUGAUUAUUCAACUUCUACUACUAAUACACUCUACAAGGGUCAGUACUGGAUCCCAACUCCUUCUCAGAUUCUCAUUGGUCCUACUCAGUUUUCUUGCCCAGUUUGUUACAAGACCUUCAAUAGAUACAACAACAUGCAGAUGCAUAUGUGGGGGCAUGGAUCUCAAUACAGAAAAGGGCCAGAAUCACUAAGAGGGACACAACCAACAGGGAUGUUAAGGCUGCCAUGCUACUGUUGCUCACCGGGUUGUCGAAACAAUAUCGACCACCCGAGAGCGAAGCCAUUGAAGGACUUCAGAACCCUUCAAACUCACUACAAGAGAAAACAUGGGAUCAAGCCUUUCAUGUGUAGAAAAUGUGGUAAGGCAUUUGCUGUUAGAGGUGAUUGGAGAACACAUGAGAAGAAUUGUGGGAAGCUUUGGUAUUGCAUUUGUGGCUCUGAUUUUAAGCACAAGAGAUCUCUUAAGGAUCACAUCAAGGCCUUUGGUAAUGGCCAUGCUGCUUAUGGUAUUGAUGGAUUUGAUCAAGAGGAAGAUGAACCUGCUUCUGAAGUAGAACAAGACAAUGAUUCAUCCAUGCACUAGUUAUAUAUAUAUAUAUAUAUAUAUAUAUAUCCUCUCACAUGCAUAUAUAUAUAUAUUUUAUAUAAUUGGGGUACGUAGUAGUAUUAGUAGUAGUAGUAAUAGUAGUAGUAGUAGUACUGAUCUUGAUAGAUUUUAAGAUUAUUAUUACUUAUUACUAGUUAAAAUAUUCUGAUCUUUAAUUUUGUGGAUUAUAUAUUUCUUUAAGUAAUGAGAGCUAUACAUAUAUAUAU